AUGACAUCGAGCAUCGACAUGGACGCCGAGUUGGCACAACUUGUGCGCGAGCAGGAGCAAUUUCUGCAGCAGCGAAAACGUCCGUCGGCAACCGUCACUCGUUGUACCAAAGCUCCCGGUGGUGCAUCAGCCUCGCGCUCAAUUCCAAAGGAACCGGAACCCACUGGAAGCAGCAGUGUCCAGGUGCUCAAGGGCGUCGUUGAGCGUCACGUGACGUUAUCUGUAGGUCCAAACGAGCGUUUGUUACUCAGUGGGUUAAAUCCAAAGAACCCACUGGGGUUUCCAAGCGUCGCCAGACGAGGGGUAGGGGACAACAGUCCGCGAGGUAUUGGUCGUCCAAAAAACCCUCUUUUUGGUCGACAACGCCGCGCAGCGCACCAAAGUGCGGACAAAUCGUUCGAAGAUGAAGAGAUGCGCGCCAUUGACGUAGCAAAUCGUGCGCGCGUGCAGGACAUGAGCGCGCAGGAGGUGCAGGAGGCACAGCAAGAGCUCGAGCAGACGCUGGAUGCGGGACUACUUGCGAAACUGAGAGCUCGACGCAAGACGGUGGAGGAUCAAGAGGGGUUAGACUCGACUGAAAAAGCGCGUCAUUUGACAAAGGAAGAAGGAGUUGGAGGGAGAGAAGAAGAGGAAGCGGUGACUCGAGAGAUGGACAGGAAGCUGAGGAUGCAAAAGCUGGCAGCUGUCAGGACGGACGAAGAGCUCCAGGAACAAGUCGAGCUCUUGCCGCUGGACGAACGUGCGAAACUUGAGUGGACACAGAGCCAGAAGUUGACGGCCCAGGGCAACAAAAGUCGUGGACGAAUCGGUGCGCGGCGUUUCGCAGCUGCGACGCUCGAACGCUUUGAUUUGGAUGGGAAACUGCUGGAAGCGACGGAUGCCGAGCUGCCGGUGCAUUCCGGGUUGUUCCACCAUGGUGACGACCCGGAGGCUGCAGGUUACACUAUGCCAGAGCUGUUGCAUCUUGCGCGCAGCACUGUGGCGAGCCAGCGCGCCAUGUCGCUCCAAGUCGUGGCCAAAAUUCUGCAUCGUCGACAGGUGCUAGCAAAUGCUUCUCUUCCUCUGGUACCACAGAUACUCCCUCGGGACAUGGCGAUGACACUUCGAAUUGUACUGGACGACCAGAACUACACGGCACUAGGCGCUGGUUUGUCCGCACUUCAUGCUUUUGUUGUUCCUGUAGACACUGAUGAUUACCUUCUCGACAAGCGCUUGUACCCUGAGCUCACAUUGGGCACUGUUGUCCUACCUCCAAGAGUUCACCUUCACCGAAACGGAGAUGGCACUCGAACGGAUAGCGAAGAGCGUGACGUCUACGGCGCUGAAGAAGUUGUGUACAUUGACACAACUGAGGCUGACGAUGGAUCUAGCAUCAGUGACGAAGAUAUCGCAGCGCUGGAUCCAGUUCAAGCGCUUCUGAGUAUGGAUCUCGACAAACGGCUGUGUUACAUUCUCGAGACUAUUCAGCUGCCAGAUCAAAACGCUACUGAAAAAAUGCUGGAGAUUCUGAUUACAGUAGCUCGCCACUCUCCGCGCGCGGCUCACGAAAUCAGCUCAAACGCCAGACUGUUGAGAUUACUACAGCAGCAGUAUAUUGAGAGUGAACAAGUGCUGACUUUUCAAGAAGGCAACGCGCGGUCGCUGCGUCUGUCAUUGAAGGCCUUACAGCUUGUGCGAGGUCUAUGUCAAGGACAACGCAGCGUAGCUGCUGCGCUCAUAGCGAACGGUCUUGUUCAAAGUACCAAGGGUUUCCUAGCUCUCAAGAGCAUGUCUACUGAUGAGACUGACUUCGAAGCUGUAGCACUGUUUGGUGAGAUGCAAGUUGAAGGCCUCCGGAUUUGGCGCAUUCUUCUUGGAUACGGCCUCGAUUUUCACUGCUUCGCGUACUUGUUUCCUGUGCUGUCGGGUUUUAUGCACAGCUAUUCGGAAGCCUCGAGUUUGCGGAACUCGGCUCUCUUUGCUGCGUUGGAAGCCUUUUGUGGACUCGGGGCUGUGCACGAGGCGCAGCACUAUUUUAGUCAACUGGACUUUUUUGUGGACGCAGCAAAGGACGAGUUUGUCCGAAUUGUCCGUUCACCGUCUAUGUCAAAGGAUCACACGACUGUUGUCCUUCUUUCUACGGUGCUGAGAUUCCUAUCGGCUGCCAGCACUCAUGCUACCAAGUACAACUUAGAGACCAGCGGACUCAUAGAGGUGUGGAAGCUUGUUCAGUCACACGAUAUAACACGAAAACUGCUGCCUCAGCUCGAUGAAACGGUUGCAAAGCGAGAUCUACUGCUAGCCAUCGUUCGUUACCAUGGACAGAUUGUUGCCAACGGCUUACUGCCCGAUGACAUGGAUGAUGACGAGAUUGUACAGACAUUUUUGCGUGAAGUGAAAGCACCUUUGCUUGCUGCAGCAACUUGCGUUGUUGCGUCUUCAUCAUUCACUUUCAGCUUUGCUUCAAUUCAAGCGUGCGAACUCACUUUACUAUCGGGCGAUCUUAUUGCUGCUGGCGAGAAUGUCAUUGCAAACUCAGAUGUCGAGUUUGUGCAAAGCGUGUACCGCCAGGCCUUGAUUCUUAUUGAGCAUUUGGGGUGCGGCGGAGAGCACUUGAUCACGCGUUUGUUCGCCCAAGUGUUGUUUCACAAGCGUGUGCUUCUGUUGCUUGGAGUCUUCCGUGAAGAAGCUGAUGCAGCGCGUUUGAGUCGCGUGUUAGUUCCCAUCUAUCAGGCUUUGGUAAACGUGACACAUGAACAAGAGGAACACAAUGCUCAUAUUUCCGGUGGUGCUUCGACAGCUAAAAGGUUCUCGUACCAUUUGCGGCUGCCUCAGGAGGAGCAGACGUUUAUUCAUAGCAAUCUGCCUUUGCCAAAUUUCUGGAUGCUGUGUCCUCUGUCACGAAUCGAGUAUUGUAAUAGUGGAGAAGGUAGAGGCCUGGAUGACGUGAAUCUUGCGCGAGCGCAGAGUGAUGAAGUGAAGCUGAUUCUGAGUGCAACGUGUCGUUAUGUUUUUGAGCUCGAGCGACUGGCGCCACAGAUGACAUUUGUUGCUUCCAUUGCCAAACUGCAACCGGAAGACAAGCUUUUUCACUUGAUGCACGUUUUCUUUGCUGGCAGCGACGUCCUCUUCGAUGAUCACGUGGACGCAGUGCUACACCAACUGCUUCCUAAACUCGUUCAGCCAAUUUUGCACUCACCAGGGGACUCACGAGAUCUUUACAAAGGCAUUCUUCGGAACUUCAAGCGCAUUGAAAGCCUCGAGUUUGGGAAGACGGACGAACCGCCUGUGAGUCAAAAAGCCGUAUCCUUUACGUCCGAUGAGCGGCAAGUGAUGACUUUUGUUGAGAAGCUAGUGUGCGAAUUCGCGACCUCGUCUUACGGCAACUCGCAUUUCGCACGUUGCGUGACGUUGCUAUUGGCGCGCGAUUUCCCCCUAGAGCUGCGAAAGUUUGUUUGGCAAGAGCUCUACGAGUCCCAUCUGCUGCAUACGCUGGCGCCUUUCGAAGUCUCCAGCUCGCAGCAGUUCAUGCGGUGCACUCGAGGUGGUACGACGCCUGCCGUCGAUGCCAAGCUGCUGCAGCUCAUGCAACAAGCGGUGUGCAAAAAUCAGGUGUCCCCUGCUCGGGGCGCUUUUGCCUACUCGCUUGCUAUUCACCAUCUUGUUGUCUACCUGUUUGAAGAGAGAGGCGACAACCCACUAACUUCUGCUCGUCAGCAUGUUGUGCAAGCACUUACUGCUGAAGCAUCUCUGGCAAUUUGGGGCCAUCUUUUGAGCUACGAUGCAUCCAAGAACUUGUCGAUGCUUACCAGUGAAUAUGAAGAUCCGCUACCUGGGCGUGUGAUGAAGGUGCAGACACAAGCCGCGCUAUCGAUGGACCAGCUGUCAUCCUUUGAGACGACCGUAUCAGAACUAAAAUGUCCAUGCACGAUGAAAUGA